GUCUUUCGAGCCCCGACAACAUCAUCUUAAAAGCAGCGGUUAGAGGGGACAAGUUGGGGUAGCUAGGGCUGCUGGUAGCACUCUAUCCGAAGUCAUCCGUGUCUUUGUUUGUGUCUCUACUGCGGCCGGUACACACGACCUCGAACUCCAAGACCAAGACCAAUCCGAGCGGGUUUUGAAGCCCAUGUUUGACGGCACCAGAUAGCGAACCGGCACAGCUCGCCGAGCUUUGGCCCACUACACGUUCCAGGCCGUUUGGCUCUGAACCAGUUUCGCUCGCUAUGAUAGACCACGUCCUCGGGAGGCCCUCGGUCAAGUCCCGAAGGCUGCAGGUCCUCGCCGUUAUAGGCUUCUGGUCGGCCUAUCUGCUCAGGGGCAACAAACAUGGCCCUCCCGUGUUCCGCCUCUUCUCGCGCAUGUUCUCCAAGCGGCUAACAGCAUGGCAGACCGUGGUCAUGACCAUGAUCUACCUCUACGCUGCCCGGAACUUCAGCACUCUUGUCGGCCUCGCGAGCCCCGAGCCCAUGUCCAACAUGUACGACGCCACCUACUUCCGCGCCACUUGGGUGCUCACCGCCCUAGACGCUGGCUUCUGGACCGCCAUGAAGAUUAAGAGCAAGUGGCUGCGCGACCUGGCCUCCAUCGUCUUCUCCGUCUUCUACAUGGUGGCUGCCGAAAAAGCCGACGAGAAGGUCCGCAAGGUCCGAGGCAACCUGACAAUAGACCAUCUCCGCAUCAGCUGGAACAAGGGGAACCAGUCCCCAUACCUGCGCUUUUUCCAGGGCCUCGUCCGCCCGCGCUUUACUAGGUGGCCGCCGCGGGCCAUCCGGAUACCCCGGCCGGCCACUAGCGACUACAAAGACCCCGUCUCCGCCUGGCUUUAUUACGACGGGCCCCUGUCCGAUCUCGAGCAUCACAACAAGGUUGUCUUAGACAUCCCGGGCGGCGGCUACGUGGCGAUGGAUCCCCGAUGCAAUGACGACAAGCUGCUCGCCUGGGCUGCCAAGACGGGCCUGCCCGUGCUGAGCCUCGACUACAAAAAAGCCCCCGAGUACCCGUACCCCUACGCCCUGAACGAAUGCUACGAUGUCUACUGCACCCUGAUCAAGAGCCGCGGCCGAUGUAUCGGGCUAUCCGGAAGGGAGGUGCCCAAGGUGGUUAUCACGGGCGACAGCGCCGGAGGGACCCUGGCGACAUCCAUGACGCUGAUGAUCAUCGAGAGUGGCUCCUCCCCCGUUCGUCGCUUCCACAAUGGCCAGUUGGAUCUUCCUAUUCCCGACGGCCUGAUCCUCUUCUAUCCUGCCAUGGACAUGAACAUUGGCAAUUGGAUGUCGGACGAGCAGAUGGCGCUGAUCAAGGAUCGCAGCAUGCGUGGCACCAACAAGCCCAUCAUGCAGCGCAAGUCGAUGCAGUACAACGACCUGGUCGGGACUCCCCACCAGUCUGAUAAUGAGGACGAUGCCGGCUCGGGGUCCAAGACCUCGGAUUCGUCCAGCCAAGAAGAAGGUGAGAAUACCCAAAAUAAAGAUGCGAGUGAUGGCGGCCAUGUGCAAGAUCCCGCGCCCAAGUACGCGCACUCUGGGCCUACGACAUGGGGCCAGACCCAACAACAGGAACAAGGCCAAGGGAACAGUUUAGUUCCUUCUUCUCCCGACGUGCCCGUAAAGCGCCAGCAAAAGAAAAGCAUGUCUUCUCACCAUCCGGAGCCGAUGCGCACGCGGCUAGCCAUGUCGAGCAUGCUGUCAUACUUCAACGACCGUGUUCUGACACCCGAGAUGAUGCGCGCCAUGAUUAUCUUGUACGUCGGGCCACACAACCGCCCCGACUUUAGCCGUGACUACUUGCUCAGCCCGAUACUGGCCCCCGACGUGCUGCUGGCGCGCUUUCCAAAGACAUACUUCCUGACGGGCGAGCGGGACCCCCUCGUCGACGACACGGUUAUCUUCUCGGGCCGCCUCCGCCGCGUCAAGGCCGCCCAGAUAGCCAGCGGAGGUACCCGCUUCGAAUACCAGGACCACGACGCCCACGCCCCCGGCUUCAACGAGCGCGAUGUCGCCGAGGUCGCCCUCAUCCCCGGCAUCAGCCACGGCUUCCUCCAGUUCCCGACCGUCUACCCGCCGGCCUGGGGCCUCUUUGACCGCACCGCCCACUGGAUCGAGGACGUGUUUGUGGACGCGGAGCGCAAGGAGCGGGACCGCAAGAGGGGCCGGAGACCCACUAACGACGUAGCCAGCAACAACGGCCUGCUCAGCGGGAAGACGCUAGUGGAAACACCUGCAGACAUCGCAUCGGCGCCGGCGACUGGGGCAGCCACGACGGCGGGGCGGCACCACUUCCGCCACGAGUCGAGCGGCGACGAGGACCGGCCGCUCGAGAUGAUGAGCAUGACGCGGGCGAGGACCCGCUCGGUAAAGGAAGCCGCCGACGAAGCCAGCCCCCCAGUGGCUUCAACAGCCGGGCGGGGAGGGGCUGCUGCCAGCGCCGACAGCGUCGCCAAGGGAGAAUACGUGAGCGAAGAAAGUGUACCCGCCGGUACCGACGACGUCGUCGCUGGCGAGGAAGACGAUAGUGGCGACGAGGCAACCAAGAGGGGCGGUAACAACGGCGCCGCUGGGCGCGGCGGUGGUGACCUGAAAAGGAAAUCCAAGAGGGGCGGCGUCCGCCGCGUGCGCACAAAGGACCACAGCCUUAUCAAGCUCGCCAGCUCUGACGACCUGCUCAGCAGGCGCAUGCACGGCCUGGCAGGCGGGCUCACAGGGCUGCCAACGGAUCCGGAAUAGAGAAAAUAAACCCCCCUCUCGAGGUGUACUUGUGGGUAGUUAAAUAGAUGGAUAUUGGAAGGGGGGGAGAAACGGGGGAAUGUAUUUUGGUUGGCAUGGAAGCGUAGGCAUCUACACGAACAUGUUUUGACGAUGAUGUGUGUGUGUGUGCUGUACAUAUGUACAAUACAAUACAAUACUACAAAGCGGACUCUCUCCGAAAACACGCGAAUUUACAAUUUUCACCAUCUAUUCGGGCGGUCAAAAUUGCCCAGC